CAAACUGCCCCGACUCUUCCCGUGCGGAAGUGAAACAUUUGGCUUGACCCGACUGCGUCUAGGAUUUACUGUGCUCAUGCAAGAAAGAAGCUCAACAUACAGAUAGACAUGGAACGAGUGUUCCAGUCGAGAGCCAUAACCCAGUGGGAUAGGGGUGGGUGUGCUUUAUGUAGGAGGACGAGGGAGGAGUUGAGUUGAUUGACGUGGCCAUAACAUUCCACAUUACGUGCAGUAGUAGCACAGAGCGAGACCUCGUCGAAAGGGAGGUCUACGUAGUGGGUAUCAGAAUCAAAAUCGUUAUUCAUACUGGGGGAAUCCGAUGAGCUCUAAUGCUCUUUUGCAUAACGUUACAUCAACAAACAAUACAAACACAUGAUAGGAGUGCAAAUCAUAGAAAAGGUAAAUAACUUAAAAUAUAUAUACAAGUAAAACUAAACUUUUUUUUUAUCUUAGAUAAAGUCCACUGAGCUAUUCGUGUAGUGCACCAUGGGGCCUCGCGCCCUGGCUGCACUGCUGCUGCUCGUGGCUGUCCCUUGGACGGGCGCUUUCUUCCCGAACGCUGCCUCCCUGGGUGGCGUGCGAGCCGACUUCACGGACGAGAGCAUCACGGAGCAGGGCGUGCUGCGAGCCGUGGCCUUCUUUCUGGAACGGAAGGACAACUUGGCGCCUGGCUCCCUCGAGACGCUCAAACCUCUCACGCCGACAAGGCUCUUCCAAAAGUACAACAAAGGUGACAAGUCACCGGCAUCAUUUUUGGAUGCCAUACAGGACAUUAUAAGAGGAAACAAUUUGAUUGAGACGCUGUUCCCCAAUAAUACCUUCUUGAACGUGCACUGUGAAGCCUUUCAAGGAGCAAGGAAAGAGCUGAAUAAGUUUCGCAACCAGAUGCUUAAAUACGUGGAGUCAUCCAAGAAAAUAAAGAGUCAUUUGAGAGAUGCGCGAAAAUACCUGGGGAUGGCACUUCAUGUUCUACAACAGUUCUAUUCCAACACCAAUUGGAUCGAACUCGGACACACAGAGCCCUGCCAUGCAUUCGGACAUCCAACCCAGGAACUUAAGACGGUAGCAAUCCAGCAGGCCACAUGCAACGACUGCUUCAAAAAUAAAAUGGACCGCGAUGUUUAUGAUUGCCCCUGGAACGUUUUGCCAAACGCUCCGUUAACGAGCGGCUACAAGCAUGGAAAUGAAUGCCAGAGAAAACCUAAUGGAAAGUGCAGCCACGGUGGUAAAGAUGACAUCUGGCAGAAAGUAAGCCCACGAGGUGGAAUAAACAAGGAGACACUGGACCCACGACUAUCGCCACACCACAACCUGCAUGGACGUGCAGGGGAGAUGGCUGUGCAGGCCACGCGCGACUUCUUAGUGGCACCAAAUUGGGGCAUUCUGUCAACCUUGGGUUUUGAGAAAUUCAAGGAAGUCUUUAAUCUUCCAGGAUACUCGCUUGCCUUCGUCCUUGAUGUCACAGGAAGCAUGGAAGAGGACAUUGAAAAUGUCCAUAAACAAAUGGAAAUAAUAGCUGACUCCUUACAAAACAGCCCUGAUGCCCCAGAAUCAUACAUCCUCGUGCCUUUUGGUGAUCCAGAUGUUGGGCCAGUUUAUAAAUUGGAAAGCAUGCAAGACAUUAUGCAAGAAGUGCAGAACCUUAAAAUUGGCGGUGGAGGAGACUGCCCUGAGAUGGCCCUGAGUGGUAUAAUGAGAGCACUGGAAUUUUGUUCUCCACGCUCACGACUGUAUCUGAUCACGGAUGCGGGGGCAAAAGAUGAAAGCGAAAGGGAUAAGGUGGAGGAUGAGAUUGCUAAAAAGGAAGCCAAGGUGAACAUCAUCAACACUGGGGAAUACUGUGAAGAUGAUGACCGCAGAAAACGAAGCCUCCGUCAAAAGCGCUCCGCCACGAAGAACGUGUUUGAGAUCCUUGCGGAAUUCUCUGGCGGCUCGUACAUACUCACCACCAAGGAGAAGCUCCCCGGCGUGCUGGGCAGCGUGAUGCUGGACCUGAACGCGGCGCCCGUCACGCUACUGCGCGUCUCCUCCGCUCCGCCCGGGGAUGUGCGUUUCUCCGUGGAGCCCACACUCGCCGAGUUCGCCAUUUCAGUUCGUGCCCCGGUGGACUUCGACGUGGAGCUCUACCGGCCCUCCGGUGAGCGUGACGAAAGUGUCGAGCUGCUGGUGGACACGGAGAGUUUCCGCGUGCUGUGCGUAGCCACCCCGCAGUCCGGGGAGUGGCGCGCGCGCAUCUUGGGCCCUGCAGCGCCGUACCGAGUUGAGGUGACGGGGAAGAGCAUGUUCGACUUCUCCUACGACAUCCUGCAGCAGAAGAACGGAUACAUGUUGCCUGUUGAGGGGCAGCUCGUCACUGGUGUGUCAUACCUGCUCUGGGUUAAGCCUCUGGGUCUCGAAGCCGGCUACAGGAUGACAAAUGUGCAGAUGCAAAACGCAGACGGUGUGACCAUCGUAGAGCUUCAGGCCCAAGACGAGGAGUCAAGUGGCGAAUUUGGCGUUCCCCUCAACUUCAGUGACCCCACUCCGUUCAUGGUGGCAGUGUGUGGCCUAUCGCCUGGAAACGUCACAUUCUGCCGGCUGCAAACAAAGCUGAAACGCAUCGAGAGCUUUGAGCUCAUCCUCGACAACCCGGGCGACGUGAUGAUUUUGCCGGGCAAUACCUCCCCACUCCUCGUGGUGCUGAAGAACAACGGUGCAGCUGCCACCUUCUUGGUGUCGGCAAGCGACGACCAGGGAUGGCUUCAGACGCUGCGCCCGAUCGUGGUGAAGCUGGAGCCUGGCAAAAAUCAGACCAUAGCACUGAAUGUCUCAGUGCCUGCUGAUGCCAGAUUCCUUGCCAGCACGGUGUACGUGACGGCCAUCAGCAAGUCAGGAGGGGGCUCUUCCACUACGCUUGCCUUCUCUGUCGCUGUCAUCGUCAAGGAAAAAACCACUCCAGACACGGUGUCACCCACCCUUUGGAAACUGGGCGUUGAAAGCCAGUGCACGACCCUCGGCAGUUGCGAGCAACACACGUGGCAGCUGCAACUGGGAGUGAACGACGACCGACCGGGCACAUUCAACAUAACAGUGGAGCGGGGAGAUCCCCUGAGCCAGCUCACAACGAGCCAGCAGGGGGACAUGCUGCUCGUUUAUUACAAAUCUUCGUGCUGCACACCUUGGCUGACGUUGGCUGUGAAAGACGCAGCAGGAAAUGUGGCGAGGUUCACAGACAACCUCUCACUAUCAGUUCCAGAGCCAACCUCUGCUGCAGCCUCUACAAUUCAGCCUCAUCCUUCAACCCAACCUCAUCCUACAAACCAGCCUCAUCCUACUACCCAGCCACAUCCUACAACCCAGCUUCAUCCUACUACCCAGCCACAUUCGACAACCCAGCUUCAUUCGACAACCCGGCCACAUUCUACAACUCGGCCUCAUCCUACAACUCAACCUCAUCCUACAACCCAGUCACAUCCUACAACUCAGCCUCAUCCUUCAACCCAGCCUCAUCCUACAACCCAGCCUCAUCCUACAACCCAACCUCAUCCUACAACCCGGUCAUAUCCUACAACCCAGCCUCAUCCUACAACCUGGCCACAACCUCCAACCCAGCCUCAUUCUAAAGCUCUGCCUUAUCCUACAACCCAGCCUCAUCCUACAACCUGGCCACAACCUCCAACCCAGCCUCAUCCUACAACUCAGCCUCAUCCUACAACUUGGCUACAUCCUAAAGCUCUGCCUCAUCCUAAAGCUCUGCCUCAUCCUACAACCCAGCUACAUCUUACAACCCGGGCACAUUCUACAACCCAGUUGUAUCAUCCUCAUAUAAUCCCCACUGAAUUAACAAGUAACAAAAGCUUGGUAAUUUUCCUGUCCCUGCUGGCUGCAGUACUCCUCAUCAUCGCACUCAUUUGGAGUGUCAAGUUUGCCUCCAAUUACUUCCCCAAGCGAGGGAGCUACACUCUCGCAUUCCAAUAUCCUGAAGAUCCCUCAAAUGAUGACUUGUAGAAUAAAAAACUGGAGUGGACUAUCAACAGCAAAUAUCAGUUGACCCAGUCAAAAUGAAAGCUAAUCUGUGGCUGUUCCAAAUUCCAAGGUCUGUUUUACAGUUUAUGUCACGAAAGAUAAGCAGAGGAACAUCGAAAGGUCUACACAGGGCAUACAAAGAUCCCCCCUAUUGGGCCAAGCGCUAUUAGCGAGCACAUAUGGAGGCCAGAAUUGCAUCCAAUGUACACAUGCCCUAAGGUGGAACACAGAUAAACGUGUGUCACACCAGUAUUUAAUGCUGCUAAUUUAAAAAAUGCUGUCUGACUGUAGUGUACUACAUUAUAACUAUAGUACACUAGUAGAGUAGUGACUACUGCAGUGGCGUGAUGCAGUGUAGACUUGUGGUGCAAGUAAAACAUUUGGAAUUUAAACCUACAUUUGCUGAGAGCAGCAUGCAUACUGCAAAUCGUAUCAUGUAAUGUUCGGAAAAGCCAAGCAUCAAUGAGUAAUGGCAAUGUGAUUAUUAAGCCUGAUGAAAUACAAUAUUUGUAUUCGUAAUUUUAUACGGUAAAGUUGAUUAAAUGUGAAAGUGGCAUUUGA